GUAGAAAGUAGACGCACGGUCGCGCGUCUCCGAUCGACCACGAAAAACGAGUUUCAAGCGUGAUCACACAGCUUGAUCGCCCUGGAACGUGCUGAGAAUUGAGAGAAGAACCGUCCUCUGUCCUCCCCCGGAACGGAACCGGCUUUAGCGGAUGGAAUAGUCAGUACGAAAGUGUGUGUCCAGCCAUCAAGUGCACCACAAGUUCUCUCCUGGUUGCCUCCUGGUGUGAUCGAUUAAUACUUCGCGCGGGAGCAUCAUGCUGCUUCGCGAUCGCGGCUUGGCUGCGGUGCUAGCGACGACGACCGUGCUUGCGAUCGUUCUCGUUACCCUUACCCUGGAGCCGGUUUCCGGUGUCCCGUUCGGUGCACAGCGACGUUCCGGCAAUGCAUUCGUGAAGCGAAUGUCGGAAAGUGAUGAAUCGACGGAAUUCGGUCGCAGGUUCGAUCGACAAUCGUGUGGCUAUCAGUCAUGCCCGAAGCCAAAGAAAGGUAUGCUGAACGUGCACCUGGUGCCGCACACCCAUGACGAUGUCGGUUGGCUGAAGACGGUCGAUCAGUACUACUAUGGCAGUAAAACGACCAUCCAGAAGGCCGGAGUGCAGUACAUCCUGGACUCGGUCAUCCAAUCGCUGCUCAGCAAUCCGGAGCGCAAGUUCAUCUACGUCGAGUCGGCUUUCUUCUUCAAGUGGUUCCAUGAGCAGACGGAGGAACUGCAAGAUCAGGUCCGUCAGUUGGUUAACGAAGGGCGGCUCGAGUUCAUUGGUGGUGCGUGGAGCAUGAAUGAUGAGGCCGCAGCUCACUAUCAUAGCAUCGUCGAUCAGUUUACUUGGGGAUUGCGGCUGCUGAACGAUACGUUCGGUGAGUGUGGCCGUCCCCGUAUCGGUUGGCAGAUCGAUCCGUUUGGGCAUUCGCGCGAACAAGCUUCACUGUUUGCGCAGAUGGGUUACGAUGGGCUGUUCUUUGGACGGCUCGAUUAUCAGGACAAGCUGGAGCGCAUGACGCACAAACGGGCGGAGAUGCUCUGGAAGACGAGCCCGAAUCUGGAGGAUGCGGACUUGUUCACGGGCGUACUGUACAAUCUGUAUCAGGCACCGCCAGGGUUCUGUUUCGAUAUCCUGUGCUCCGAUGAACCUUUUAUCGAUGGACGUUAUUCGGCGGAGAAUAAUGUGAAGACUAAGGUGGACAAGUUCCUGUACUACGUCGAUCAGCAGGCACAGAGCUACCGCACGAACAACAUCAUCCUCACGAUGGGUGGCGACUUCACAUACAUGGAUGCCAACGUGUACUUCAAGAACAUGGACAAACUGAUCAAAUACACAAACGCUCGCCAAUCGAAUGAUUCGAAUGUGAACGUGUUCUACUCAACGCCAUCGUGCUACCUCAAGGCACUGCACGACGCCGGUAUCACCUGGCCCACGAAAAGCGACGACUUCUUCCCGUACGCUUCCGAUCCGCACUCCUACUGGACCGGAUACUACACAUCGCGUCCGACCAGCAAGCGUUUCGAGCGCAUCGGCAAUCACUUCCUGCAAGUCUGCAAACAACUGACCGCACUAGCUCCAGUACGCGAAAGCCACAUGGAACCCCAUCUAACCGUGCUGCGUGAGGCGUUGGGCGUGAUGCAACAUCACGAUGCCAUCACCGGAACCGAGAAGCAACACGUCGCCAACGAUUACGCCCGUAUGCUGAACCGUGCGAUCGGUGCAUGCGGUGCCAACACGCAAGCCAUCCUGAAUCAAAUCGUCGAUCCCAAGUAUCGUCGAUCGCUACGGUCCGAACAGGAAACGGAUGCGCACCCCGGUGGAGUCUCUCCACGGCCAAAGUACAAGUUUGCUUUCAACUCAUGCCAUCUGCUGAAUGUGAGCAAAUGUGAGCUAACGGAGUCAAAGGAUAGCUUCACGAUCACGCUGUACAAUCCACUGGCGCACGCUGGCCACCAGUACGUCCGGGUACCGAUCACCGGAGAUCACUACAUCGUUCGCGAUUACCGGAAUGUGGAGGUGCCUGCCCAGAUUGUUCCAAUCCCUGAGGCCGUACAGCGGCUUAGCUAUCGGUUCAGCAAUGCCACCGCGGAACUGGUGUUCCUGGCCAAUGAGUUGCCACCGUUGGGCUACAAAUCGUACUUUGUUACCCGCUCCAUCGAUACGUUGGAUGAUUUUGUACACGAAAUGUCCAAUCAACCAGCAAGAGGAGGACCUGCGGCCAUCGAACCAACCGAACCGAUGGGCCUGCCAGCCCAGUGGCAAUCGCAAGAGGUCACGAUCGGUAACAAGUACCUGAACGUCAGCUUCGACUCUAGCGGAUUCCUCAGCUCGAUCACGGUCGACGGAGUGACGAAUCGUUUGCGGCAAUCGUUCGUCUACUACGAGGGUGCCCUCGGUAACAACGAAGAGUUCCGCAAUCGUUCAUCCGGUGCGUACAUUUUCCGACCGAACGGUACGGAGAAAACGGUCACGGAGACGGUCCAGUUGAAGGUGAUCCGUGGUGGAACGGUCCAGGAGGUGCACCAGGUGUUCAACGAGUGGAUCAGCCAGGUGGUACGCGUGUACGCCGAUGAGUCACACGUCGAGUUCGAGUGGAUGGUCGGACCGAUUCCGGUGGCCGAUGGGGUUGGUAAGGAGAUCGUGAGCCGCUUCUACACCGCCAUCCAAUCGAACGGUGUCUUCUGGACUGACUCGAAUGGGCGCGAUAUGCUCAAGCGGGUACGAAACCAUCGCGAUACCUGGAAGCUGGAUUUAUUGGAGAAAAUCUCGGGCAACUACUAUCCGGUUACGGCCCGGAUUGCACUCGAGGAUGAGAACCUCCGGUUGGCGGUGCUGAACGAUCGGGCUCAGGGUGGCUCCAGUCUGGAGGAUGGAUCGCUCGAACUGAUGGUGCACCGACGGCUGCUGCACGAUGAUGCGUUUGGUGUCGAGGAACCGCUCGAUGAGAAGGCCUUCGGUAAGGGGUUGAUCGCUCGCGGUAAGCACUGGGUACUGUUUGGUGCGAAGAACGCUGAGGCGAGUCCAACGAUCGAGGCACGGGAACGCUUCCUCCAGAACCAUGUGCUGCUACCGAACUGGCUGUUCUUCAGUGAUGCGAGUGACUUCAAGUACGAAGACUGGCAGAAGCAGUACAACAACAUUUACUCUGCUCUCUCACUAUCGCUCCCACUGAACGUCCAUCUGCUGACGUUCGAGCCGUGGCAGGACAACAGUCUUCUGGUGCGGUUCGAGCAUCUGCUCGAGGCGGACGAGGACCCACUGUACUCGAAGCCCGUACGGUUCAACGUACAGGACGUGUUCCGUCAGUUUAGCAUCGAGGAAAUCCGCGAAAUGACGCUCGGUGCUAACCAGCUGAAGAGCGAAUCGAGCCGACUAAAGUGGAAACCGGAUCCUGAUUACUUCGUAUUCGACGACGUCAACAAGGUGGUUCCGAAUGUGACUCAACGAAACUUAACAGCUAGCGGAGCAACCGUUCACUCUACUUACCGGCGAGUCACUCGCGAUGCUGUGGAAGAGACACGGAACGUUGCCGAUGAUGGCUACGAGAUCGUACUGAAUCCGAUGCAGAUUAGAACCUUCAUCUUUCAGCUAGAGUACAAGCCAUAGAUGAGACUGAAACUGUCCUAUUAGUACGUUAGUUUCUGUUUUAGAAUAAAUUUUUUGCAAGAAGAU